CGGGGCGGAGAGUGGGCCCCGCCUCUCUCGGCGGGGAGGAAGCGGUGCGAGGCGGGGCUGCUCGGCUUCCCCUGCAGAGCGGAGGAAGCCCGGGGAGGAGGCCAGCGCGGCCCCGCCCGCCCGGCCAUGGCGGUGGUCAGCAUCAACGCGCUGCCCGAGACCAUCCUGCUGGAGCUGUUCACGCACGUGCCCGCCCGCCAGCUCCUGCUGCACUGCCGCCCGGUCUGCAGCCUCUGGCGGGACCUCAUCGACCUGGCCACCCUCUGGAAGCGCAAGUGCCUGCGCGAGGGCUUCGUCACCGAGGCCUGGGACCAGCCCGUGGCCGACUGGAAGAUCUUCUACUUCCUGCGCAGCCUCCAGAGAAACCUGCUGGACAACCCCUGCGCUGAAGACGGGCUGAGGGCCUGGCAGAUCGACUCCAAUGGAGGAGACGAGUGGCAGGUGGAAAGCUGCCCUGGAGCUCACGGGACCAACUUCCCCGACCCCACAGUCAAGAAGUACUUUGUUACUUCCUACAGCAUGUGCCUCAAGUCCCAGCUGGUGGACCUCAAGGCCCACGGCUACUGGGAGGAGCUGCUAGACAAGGUCCGGCCCGACAUCGUGGUCAGGGACUGGUUUGCCGCCAGGGCAGACUCCGGCUGCUCCUACCACCUCCGGGUCCAGCUGACCUCCGCCGACUACAUCGUCUUGGCCUCCUUUGAGCCCCCGCCAGUGACCAUCCAUCAGUGGAACGAUGCUGCGUGGACAGAGGUUUCCCACACCUUCUCGGACUACCCCCCCGGCGUCCGCCACAUCUUCUUCCAGCACGGAGGCAAGGACACGCAGUUCUGGGCGGGCUGGUACGGGCCCCGAGUCACCAACAGCAGCAUCAUCAUCAGCUAUAAGACCAGGAACCCGGCCCCCUCCACGGCUCAGCCUGAGACGCUGCCGCCCCCCGCACCUGGCCACCACGGGCCCUGAUGACUGCCAGUGCCCACUGACAGCCAGAGGUCCCCUCCAGCCAGGAGCUCAGCCUGUGGUGGGCAGGGGGCAGUGAGGUCCCCGUUCUAGCCUCGAGCAAGCCCAGCAGCUGGGGUAGCUUCCUGUCACAUAGCUGCCACACUCCACCCUAAUAAAUGUUUUCAGCGAAACCA